AUGUCUGAUCUUCCGAACGGUCAACAAAAGCAUCUUGGCGUUACACCACCUGUCGCUUUAAAUUACCCUACUCCAAGAGAAUAUGAAGUCACAGAUUUGUUAGUUGAAGAGCUCACAGCUCAAGGCACUUUUGAAAGUGAUGAUGAGAGCCGUCGUCGUGAGAUUGUCCUUGGAAAACUUGAUAAAUUUGUUAAAGAUUUUGUUUAUCAAACGAGUAAAAAGAAAAAAAUUCCUGAAGCAGAUGCUAAAGAAGCCGGAGGAAAAAUAUUUACCUUUGGUUCAUAUAGACUAGGAGUCCAUGGAGCUGGAUCUGAUAUUGAUACACUUUGUGUGGUUCCUAGACAUGUGCUACGUGAUGAUUUCUUUACUGAUAUGACUGAAUCUCUUGAAAAAAAUAACGAAGUUACAGACUUGACGACUGUCACUGAUGCUUAUGUACCUGUGAUUAAAAUGAAAUUUCAAGAUAUUCCUAUUGAUCUUAUAUUUGCAAAAUUAAAUUUAUCGAAAGUACCAGAUGAUCUUGAAUUAAGAGAAAACUCAUUAUUAAAAAACUUGGAUGAUGUUUGCAUUAGAAGUUUGAAUGGAUCUAGAGUAACAGAUGAGAUUUUACGACUUGUACCCAGCAUACCGGCCUUUCGAACAUCAUUAAGAUGUAUCAAAUUAUGGGCAAAAAGGCGUGCAAUUUAUUCAAAUGUUGUGGGAUUUUUUGGUGGCGUUGCUUGGGCAAUGUUGGUUGCUCGUAUAUGUCAGUUAUAUCCAAAUGCAAUUGCUGGAGCAAUUGUAUCAAGAUUUUUUAGAAUAAUGUAUCAAUGGAAUUGGCCGCAACCUGUACUAUUAAAACCUAUAGAAGAUGGCCCACUCCAAGUUAGAGUAUGGAAUCCAAAGUUAUAUCAUGGAGAUAAAUUUCAUUUGAUGCCAAUUAUCACACCAGCAUAUCCUUCCAUGUGUGCAACACAUAAUAUUACAAAAUCCACAAAAAAAGUAAUUGAGGAUGAAUUUAAACGAGCUGCCGAAAUUGCUGAUAGAGUGAUGAUUGGUACUGGAAAAUGGGCUGAUCUUUUUAUUAAACAUACUUUUUUUCAAAAUUAUCGAUAUUAUCUUCAAAUAAUAGCAUGUUCAGAUUCAGCUGAAAGACAAUUGAUGUGGUCUGGAACGGUUGAAUCAAAAAUUCGUCAUUUAAUAUCCAAAUUAGAAACUGUGGAAAAUUUGACCGUGGCACAUCCUUUUGUGAAGGGGUUUGACAAAAUUCACCAUUGUACUAUGGAGCAAGAGGCCAACGAAAUUUUUAAUGGAAACUUUAAUUAUAAGUCAAGUAGUGAAGAAAGUGAUGAUGGUCCUGUCAAUAUCAAACCCACUUCCAAUGGAGCCGAAGAUGGAAAUAACCUCUCUAAUACUACCCUUGUACGAACUAUUUAUUCAACAACAUUUUACAUCGGUUUAGAAGUAGAACAGCCUAUGGCUGGCUCUACAAAACCUAGACAACUAGAUAUUUCUUGGCCAACAAUGGAAUUUAUCCAAUUGGUUCAAAAUUGGGAUAAAUAUGAUGAUAAAAACACAAAGCUUGUAGUUAAACAUGUCAAACGUUCUCAGCUCCCGCCUGAAGUCUUUGAGGAUGGAGAACAACGCCCUAACAAUCUUAAACGGCCAAAGUCUGGGAAGAAUAAAUCAAAUUCAUCUAGCGAACAACCUUUCAAGAAGCGCAAGAAUUCUAUUGGGUCAGCAGAUCCAUUAAUGUCUACAGUUGAUAAUGGGUCAAUGGUUUCAACGGUUUCAACAGUUUCAUCCAAUAAAUAA